ACAGAAAAGUGCGGAAGCUUACAACUUAUUUUAUGUGGUUGUGCCUGUCUGUGUGGUGCCCUCAGAUACCAGAAGAGGACAUUGGAUGCCUUGGAGACAGAGUUGCAGCAAGUUCUUAUUUAGAAGCCUGCUUGGAGGUAAUGGCUGAGAAGCUGGACCCCGAUGCCCUGGCCGAUGGUUCAGAGCCACUUUUUUCCUUUGGAGUUAUAGCAGAUAUUCAGUAUGCUGAUUUAGAAGAUGGAUUCAAUUAUCAAAGAAGCAGGCGGAGGUACUACCGACACAGCCUUGUUCACUUACAGGGUGCCAUUGAAGACUGGAAUAAAGAGAGCAGCGUGCCCUGCUGUGUCCUGCAGCUCGGAGACAUCAUCGAUGGCUACAACGCACAGUAUAAAGUAUCAGAAAAGUCUCUAGAAGUUGUCAUGAACACAUUCAAGUUACUUAAAGCCCCAGUUCACCACACAUGGGGAAACCAUGAAUUCUAUAACUUCAGUAGAGACUUCUUAACGAACUCUAAACUUAACAGCAAGUUUCUAGAAGACCGAAUUGUGCAGCAUCCUGAGACCAUGCCAUCAGAGAACUAUUAUGCGUAUCACUUUGUACCAUUCCCUACAUUCCGGUUCAUUUUACUUGAUGCCUAUGACCUGAGUGUCUUGGGCAUAGAUCAGUCUUCUCCAAAAUAUGAGCAGUGUAUGAAGAUGCUGAGGGAACACAACCCAAAUGUGGAAUUAAAUAGUCCCCAAGGACUUUCUGAGCCCCAGUAUGUCCAGUUUAAUGGAGGAUUCAGCCAAGAACAGCUGAACUGGUUGAAUGAAGUUCUUACGUUCUCCGACCUGAACAAGGAAAAGGUGGUGAUCGUGAGCCAUCUUCCCAUUUACCCAGAGGCCUCUGACAGCGUGUGCCUGGCCUGGAACUACAUGGAUGCCCUGUCAAUCAUAUGGUCUCACAAGUGCGUGGUGUGUUUCCUUGCUGGUCACACACAUGACGGUGGUUACUCUGAGGAUCCUUUUGGUGUGCACCACGUCAAUCUUGAAGGAGUUAUUGAAACAGCUCCAGAUAGCCAGGCCUUCGGCACCGUUCACGUCUACCCUGACAGAAUGCUUCUGAAAGGGAGAGGCAGAGUUCCAGACAGAGUUAUGAACUACAAAAGGGAGCAGGCUGUGUGUUUGUAGUCUAUUAUCUUGCCUGUCUUUGUAGAAAGAGAAUGCUGGUGUUUUGUAUUUACUCCAUUGCAUAAAAAGUUAAAUUCUCACUGG